CCUACCUAACACUUUAGGCCUACCCCACCAUACACCCAAGAUAUAUAUCUUUCUAUUCCCUUUUUUCCAUCUCCAUUAGAGAGACUAGACUAGAAGUACCAAACAGUUUUAGUCUUAUCAAGAAGAGAAGAGAAAAUAGUGAAAGAGACAAGGUCCUAGCUAGGGGUACUUAUCAUCAAACUCUUUGCUUUUUCCUAUUACUAUAAUUCUACCCAAAAAUCCAAUUCUUGAAAACCAAACAGAAAGGAAAGGAAAAGAAAAUAUUUCAAAGCAUGGGACGUUCACCUUGUUGUGAAAAAGCUCAUACAAAUAAAGGAGCAUGGACUAAAGAAGAAGACCAACGCCUUAUCAAUUAUAUUCGUGCUCAUGGUGAAGGUUGCUGGCGUUCUCUCCCUAAAGCUGCAGGAUUGCAAAGAUGUGGAAAGAGCUGCAGAUUGAGAUGGAUAAAUUACCUAAGGCCUGAUCUCAAAAGAGGGAACUUUACUGAAGAUGAAGAUGAAUUGAUCAUCAAACUCCAUAGUUUACUUGGAAACAAAUGGUCAGUUAUAGCUGGAAGAUUACCUGGAAGAACCGAUAAUGAAAUCAAGAACUACUGGAACACACACAUUAAGCGAAAACUCAUCAGCCGUGGCAUUGAUCCUCAAACUCACCGUCUGCUCAACGCGGGCGCAGUCUCCACCACUAACUCCGCCACCACCACCGCAACCAAAAUUAUCAGCAUGGAUUUCAAAAACAACGUUGACCAAAAACCCAAUAUUAUUAUCAACCAGCAGAGCAAUAUUGCCACAUCAUCAUAUGAUGAAACAAAAUGCAGUAGUGGUACUACUGAGGAAACAAAGCCACCAGAAAUCAUUCCACAAAAAACCUCACAAGUGAUGAUAAAUCUUGAACUUUCAAUAGGGUUGCCAUUACAUAAUGAUCAUAUAUCUUCAGCUGAGUCAACGGCCUCAUACAACUUCUUGGCAGCCGUAGCACCACCGCCAACGGUGGAAGCACCGGUGGCUGCCGCGACGGAGAUGGUGGCAAAAACAGUUUGCUUGUGUUGGCAAAUUGGAUUUGAAGGUGGUGGUCAGUGUAGUGGUAAAUGCAAAAACACAACUGGAUUUUACAGAUUUUGUUGACCUUUUUGGAUAAUUAAGUACUACUAUACUUUUUUUAAAUACCAUUUUGUGAUAAGUGAAUAUCUUAUCUUUUAGGUUUAGAUAGUAAUUUUUUGUUUUUCAUUUUUGAACUUCUGGAUGCGUGAAUUUUUGCCUUCUAAUUGUAAUCAUCCGCUAGUACAUUUGUGGGAACAACUUACCACGUUAUGAUUUGGAAGAUGUAUUUAAUUUCCUAAUUGCAGUCUA